UCCAAGAACUCAGGUGCUAUUCUUCUCGUUUCUAACACAUACUCCUCUAGUUACUUGAUUCACGUCUAGGGUUUUACACCAAUCUCGAUUCUCUUCUGCUAUUGCCUCUGCAUUUACACGCCCAACCGAUGGCCCGGUGCCAUGGCCUCCGCCUCGCCCGCCGCUCUCUUACGUCCCUUCUGCGCCACAAUUCUUAUUCAAUUCGACUUUGCAAUUCCUUCUUCAAGGGAGGGUGUAGGAGCGUCGGCGCCGCACCGUGCAGUCAAUCAAGGGGUCUUUUCUAUUUAAAUCAUGGAGAUGCACGUAAUGUGUUAAAGCCUGGCUUUUGGGACAUUUUAGGCGCCAAACGGUCAAUCCAUGCCACUGCACAAUUGUCAAGAGAUUUCUAUGAUGUCCUUGGUGUUAAUAGAAAUGCAACAGCAUCUGAAAUCAAGAAAGCCUAUUACGGGCUUGCGAAGCAGUUACAUCCUGAUACUAAUAAAGAUGACCCGGAAGCUGAAAAGAAAUUUCAAGAAGUCCAGAAAGCAUACGAGGUAUUAAAGGAUGAAGAAAAGCGCCAACAGUAUGAUCAGGUUGGGCAUGAAGCUUUUGAACGUGCUGGUACUGGUGAUGGUGGGUUUGAUCCAUUUGGAGGUGGCGGUGGCUUUAAUCCUUUCCAGGACAUAUUCAGAAAUGCCGAUAUUUUCAACAUAUUCAAUAGGGACAUGGGUGGAGAAGAUGUUAAGGUUGCUGUUGAACUAUCCUUUAUGGAAGCUGUCCAAGGAUGCAUCAAAACACUGUCAGUCAUGACUGAUUUAAGUUGUGAAACUUGUGGUGGAGCUGGUGUUCCUCCUGGAACAAAGCCUGAAACUUGUAAACGCUGUAGAGGUUCUGGCAUGGUUAUCUCACAAAAUGGUCCUUUCACACUUCAAGCUACAUGUCCAAAUUGUAAGGGAGCUGGAAAAAUUGUUUCGAACUUCUGCAAGUCCUGUAGGGGUAAGCGGGUAGUAAAAGGGCAGAAGACUGUGAAGGUGAAUAUCAUGGCAGGAGUGGACAGCAAUGAAACCAUUAAAAUCCCCAGAAGUGGUGGAUCGGAUCCUGAUGGAAAUCAACCGGGCGAUCUUUAUGUUAUGAUUAAGGUCAAAGAAGACCCAGUGUUCCGAAGAGAAGGGGCAGAUAUCCAUGUUGAUACAAUUUUGAGCAUCACUCAGGCAAUUUUGGGAGGAACAAUCCAGGUUCCUACACUCUCUGGGGAUGUUGUUGUUAAGGUUCGCCCUGGCACUCAACCUGGGCAGAAGGUGGUCUUGAGGAAAAAGGGGAUUAAAGUCCGAAAUUCGUUUUCAUUUGGUGAUCAAUAUGUGCACUUUAACGUUAGCAUUCCGACAAACCUGACACAGAGGCAGCGCCAAUUGAUGGAGGAGUUUGCUAAAGAAGAAGAAAGAGAAGACGAUAAGGGGGCAGCUGCAGGAGCAUCGGGCUGAAUCCCGGUAUGACAGUCUCUAGAUAGGCAUAAGGAGAGAGUGAUUGAACUUUAUUUACUGGGAGGAGAUAACUUUUUGGCCGGGCAAUUUUGGGUGGAUGGAUGUUGUAACUAUCUUGUACUGACCAUAUCUAUAAUAGUCCAAUAAAGGUCAGGUUUUAUAGAUUUA